GAACCCCCCUUCCCUAAAUCCUGGAUCCGCCCCUGUAAACAGAGAUAAAGUAAGGUCUAUCUCUGAUCUAAAUAAUAUAGAGAGAGAGUAGCGAAUGGUUUUUGUGCAGACCUAAUAUAGAGAGAGAGAGAGUAGCAGAGAUGAAUGCAAGAUCAUCAGAUCUACAGAUUGCUGUCACUCUAGCGUUGCUUAUUUUAAGUUGGUCAUGCCGAGGGGAAGCUUAUUUGACAAUAACUCCCACUGUGGCUUGUCCUGAUGACACUGUAUCCUUCACCUGCACUCUGCCUGGUAGCUUUAUACGAUGGGACGUCAUUCCACUGCAAGGGGCCCGGUUCACCAUAUCUUUAGUUUCUAACAAUGCUGAUGCCACAGAAGGUAUUCCAGCAUUCCGUGGUGUUCGCAAUGACACCAGUGAAGAUAAUGCCACUGCCACUCUCACUUCACUGUCUGAGACCUCCAUUGUGGAGGGUUUUAUGGUGGAGUGUGUUGGGGCUAGCUCACGAGAAGGUCCUCUUCCCAUUACUGUUGCUGAUCCACCCUCCCCUCCCUUGAGUCCAAGAGUCUCCUUCACUCUAAACCAACCCAGCUACUCUAAUACUACCCUGGAGUGGGGCCCUCCCUCCUCUACUGGCAGUGUGUCUGUCAACUAUGUCGUUACUAUCUCCCCAACACCUUUCUCCGGGUCACCAGUCACCGUGGAGGCCAUCUCGACACAGAUAACUGUCUCCUACAACACUCUCUACAAUGUGACUACCAGAGCUGACAACUGUGCAGGAAUGAGCCAAGAGAGUUUAAUUAUGGAUCUAAUUGUGUGCCCCACACCACCUACUGCUGCUGGUGUGACCAUCACCAACACACCUCCUGUCACUAUUGGUGGAUCCAUGCUCACCUUCACUUGCAGUAGAGAUAGUGAAGUGAUAACCUCAACCUGUGGCAGUAGUGGAUGGUCUCCUGAUCCUGGGACCUUCGACUGUGGCAUCCCAGUUACAGUAGAUCCCCCAGUCACCUGUGGUUCUCCUGCUAUACCGUCCAGAGGUAGUGUGGACAUCAGUGGAAGGCUACCACCCUUCUCACUGGAUUCACAGGUCAUCUAUCGCUGUGACGAUGGACUGUUCCCCCCUGAUGUGAGGACCAGCACAUGCACUGAUGUGGGGGGUAGCGGAGAGUGGGUGGAGAAUCCUGGGAGCUUGUUAUGCAGGGAGAGGCCAGUCAACUGCACUCUUCCUACUGAGCCUUGCAAUGGUGCUAUAGUUGAGUAUGAGAGGUUGAACGAGACAGUGUUGGAAGGAACAGUGCUGACUUACCAGUGUGACAAUGGACUCUCACUGACUGGACCCAACACCAUCACUUGCACUAAUACUGGAGUCUGGAGCACUGAGCCUGAGGCAAUCAUGUGUGUAGUUUCUACUGUCGCUCCCUUGUUCUCUACUUCUGCAACUGUCGCUAUCAGUGUGGUCAUCACUUUCAUUGUCACUCUAGUCAUUGGAUUCCUCACUGGACUGCUAGUGAUGUAUCUUUUCUUUCGUAAGAAAGCAGUGUACUUCCCAGCAACUGAAGGACAAACUAACACAGUGUCCACUGCACCAGCUGGUCCUGUUUAUGAGGAGGUGUCACCAAAAGAAGAGAUUGAACUCAACACAAACCAGGCGUAUGGACCAUUAGGACUGUGAAACUUGUUCACUCUUUAUGAAUAGCAUUCAACAAGUUACAUUGCAAUAAUUAUCAUUCUGUUGGUAUUUUGUUUGUUAUAGACUCACUGUUUUUGA